AUGUCCAAAGUCCACCGCCUCGACGGUGUCCCGUUUCCCAUCGUGAAGAACCGGCCCCCUGCCCCAAAACUCCCUCCCAACCCCCAUCUCGUCGACAACCUCAUUAGGCCUGCCUCUCCCGGGCCCUCCAGCACGUCGACAUCCGACUCCGAUUCUAGCCCAUUCUGCGACUCGUCCUUCCACCCGCUCACGCGAGACGAAAAGGUAUUCCGCAACGCCCUCCUCUGGACCGACCAGUUCUCCUUCCUGACGGGCGCUGCGUCGGCGGACUUGGAGGCGUGUCGGAUCGUCGAUGUUGCAGGGCUACGACUGCGAGGGGAGGGUGAGGAGGGGGCAGAGAGGAGAAAGGAGGUGGAGGACCUGUUCAACUACGGGGAUAGGUUCUCCCUGGACGGGUUGUACAACGGGAUUUUAUUGGAAGCCUCCCUACACCGCCAAUGGUCGACCUACGCCUCCUUCUGCUUCGUGCCCCCACUGCCUGUCGCGCGCGUCCUGGUUGACGCGUUGAAAGCCCUCAACGAGGUGUGGGUAUCCCUCAUUACCAGCGACCCAGCAGCUCCUCGGUCUACCCUCCCCAAGUUUAGCUUCCCAUGGACGGUGCUCGUGCUCAACCCGCGUGCGCUCUUGCCGCACGGAAAGCCGCUGACGGUCCUGGAGAACCCGCUGUUGAUUCGUGGUGGGCGCUCUGAAGCUCAAGGUGACACGCUCGCAGGCGUUUGGGAGCGGUGGACUCUGGACACUGGUACGCCUGAGUGUUCGAGCCUCCUCUGGGACCCGACGCACACUAGGACCCUCACCAUCGAGCCUGCAUCCCUCCGCGAGCGCCGCGCCGAGCUGUCGGCCUGGGCGAUGAUAUUAAACGCGGAGGACAAACUGCGGUACGCGCACGAGAAUUACACGCCACCGACAAAGGAAGUGAGGGAGUACUACCCCGUCUUGAAGGAGAUCGUCAGGUUGCUCUUCUGGCAACCUGGCGUUGAGACACGCGCGAGGACGCAGCAGUCUACUACACUCAAUUUCGACGAAGGACCAACCGCAACCGCCGACUCGGACAGCGUCAUAGACCUUACUGCCGAUGAGGAUGGGCCCCUCUCCGACUCCGAGUUCCACGCCGCACUGACCACAGCGCGGGACCCGCACGCAGACGCGGACGACCGGCUGGAUGCUGUUAAGCGCGUGUUAUUUGGUGGCACUGGACGGGGGUAUGAGACGCCUUUGCUGAGCACUGAUUUUUAA